AUGAGCGGCGAUCAAGUUGAGCAACGAAGCAAGCCAUCACGAAGCAAAGAGACCGAUGAGGAUGGCGGUACAAAGAACCAGAUUGCUGAGCAACGAAGCAAGCCAUCACAGAGCAAGGAGGUCGAUGAGGAGGGCGGUACAAAGAACCGGAUUGCUGAACAACGAAGCAAGCCAUCACAGAGCAAGGAGGUCGAUGAGGGAGAGGCGGUUUCACAAGACCCAGAUUAG